UAGGGGGCGUUUCUCCAGGAGGAAAGCUGUGAGCUGCGACGCUGAGGAAGGGGACCCCAAAACGUCUGGCACUGCCCCCUCCAGGAAUCACUUUGGACCGCCUCACUCGGCCCAGCGGGAUUCAGAAACGCCGAGGGGUCAACCUGAUGGGUUUCGGGGUCAACGGAAGAGGGGAAGGGGAGCCCUGGAGGGGUGAACCCCCCGGUCCCCCGCCCAGCAGCUGAGGCACAGGAGGGCGGCCAUCUUGGCCGGGAGGGUAGGGCUGGGGAGCUGCGGGCGCCGUGCGAUUGGGGGGCUCGCCCGGAAGUGACGCCAACUACCCGGAAGCGGAGGGGGUUCCCUGGCCCACUCCCCCCUCGUUCGUUUGCUCCCCCGCUUCCUCCCCGCCCCCCUUCCUCUCCAUUCGUUUCCCCCCCCUCCCCGUUCCCUGCCUUCUUCCCCCCCCCACCCGUCCCUCCCCCCCCAACCUCCGGAGCUGGGAAGAGAGUCAAGAUGGCGGCGAAAUCCGAUGGCGGUGGCGUGGGGGUGGGCUUCGCCCAGCUGCACAACCUGGACGAGGCGGUGGGCAGCGGCGGCGAGGAGGACGGGGAGCCCGGGGGAGGCGGCUGCGGCGGCGGCGGCGACGGCAGCGAGCCCGGCGAGAGCAGCUCGCUGCACAUCUGCCACUGCUGCAACACCUCCUCGUGCUACUGGGGCUGCCGCUCCGCCUGCCUGCGCUCCCUCCUGGGCAAGAAGCCGCGCCGCAGCGCCGCCGCCGCCGACGGGGGGGACCAGCCGCUGCAGCCGCCCUCGGCCGCCGGCCGCCAACCCCCGACGCCCUCGGCCGAGCGGCCGCAGCCUCCGCAGGUGGAGCGGCCGUGGCUCGACUGCCUGUGGAUCGUGCUGGCGCUGCUGGUCUUCUUCGGGGACGUGGGCACCGACCUGUGGCUGGCCCUCGACUACUACCGCAAGGGGGACUACGGCUACUUCGGGCUGACCCUCUUCUUCGUGCUGGUGCCGUCGCUGCUGGUGCAGAGCCUGAGCUUCCGCUGGUUCGUGCAGGACUAUACGGGCGGCGGGCUGGGCGCCGUGGAGGGGCUCAGCAGCCGGGGCCCCCCCAUGAUGGGGGCCGUCUACGGCCGCGGCGCGGGGGUCUCGGCCACGCCGGGGGCGCAGCGCCUCUGCCGCCUCUCCGUGUGGAUCUGGCAGUCGGUCAUCCACCUGCUGCAGAUGGGGCAGGUGUGGAGGUAUAUCCGCACCAUGUACCUGGGGAUUCAGAGCCAGCGGCGGAAGGAACACCAGCGACGCUUCUACUGGGCUAUGAUGUAUGAAUAUGCAGACGUUAACAUGCUGCGCCUCCUGGAGACCUUCCUGGAAAGCGCCCCCCAACUGGUGCUACAGCUCUGCAUAAUGAUCCAGAAGAGCCGCGCCGAGACGCUGCCCUGUGUCUCCUCUGUGACUUCCCUGAUGUCCCUGGCUUGGGUGCUAGCCUCCUAUCACAAGCUGCUGCGGGACUCCAGGGACGACAAGAAGAGUAUGAGCUACAGAGGGGCCCUCAUCCACCUCUUCUGGCGCCUCUUCACCAUCUCAUCCAGAGUUAUCUCUUUUGCCCUCUUUGCUUCCAUCUUCCAGCUCUACUUCGGGAUCUUCGUGGUGGUUCACUGGUGCGCCAUGGCCUUCUGGAUCAUCCAUGGCGGCACAGACUUCUGCAUGUCCAAGUGGGAGGAGAUCCUCUUCAACAUGGUGGUAGGGAUUGUGUACAUUUUCUGCUGGUUUAACGUCAAGGAAGGGCGGACUCGAUAUCGAAUGUUUGCAUAUUAUACGAUAGUCUUGACCGAGAAUGCUGCCUUGACGUUCCUUUGGUAUUUUUACAGAAACCCGGAGACCACUGACUUCUAUGCGGUGCCAGCACUGUGUUGUGUCUUUAUUAGCUUUGUGGCUGGGAUUGCACUGAUGCUCUUCUAUUAUGGUGUGCUGCAUCCCACGGGGCCACGAGCUAAGAUCUUAGCCAGCUCCUGUUGUGCCGAGCUGCUCUGGGGCAUCCCUUUGCCCCCCGAUGUUGAGCCCAUGGCGCCUCAGACCCCUGGGUACCGGGGGACCCAGGUCACGCCUACCAGAGCCGUAACGGAACAACAGGAGGAUCUCACGGCUGACACUUGCUUGCCCGUUUUCCAAGUGAGACCCAUGGGGCCCCCGGAGCGUCCUUACUACCCAGAAGGGCCCCUCAUUAAGAUUGACAUGCCAAGAAAGAGAUACCCAGCUUGGGAUGCUCAUUUUGUAGACAGGAGGUUGAGAAGGACUAUUAACAUUCUGCAGUAUGUCACUCCCACCGCGGUAGGCAUUCGGUAUCGAGAUGGACCGCUCCUUUACGAGUUGCUACAGUAUGAGUCUUCACUCUAAGAGCAUCUUGACCCAAGUUGAGAAGGGGACCUUAAGUUUGGUUUGCGGUAAA